ACCCCACAUCUCCUCCCACCCGGCUCCUUUUGGGGCAGAAAAGCAGCCUUGAGAAAGGACACUCAGACCCAGAGGGAGGCACAGGAUGAAGCAGGCGCAGACAUAAUCAUACACCGAGGUCCAAUACACAGAAUUCUUCAGGUUUGCUCAGGGUCCAAUAGCUGGUGCUUUGACGAAAACAAAAUGAGGAAGCAUCGACAUUUGCCCUUAGUGGCAAUAUUCUGCCUUUUAGUCUCAGGUUCCUGGGUGACCGAUGCUCAAGAGGCACAAGAAUCUGCUGACCUUCUUUUCCUAAUUGAUGGAUCAGACAAGACUGGAAGUGCCAAUUUUGCAUAUAUUCGAGAUUUCCUUGUAAAUUUCAUUGAGAGACUUUCCAUUGGAGCUCAGCAGAUCCAAGUUGGGGUAGUGCAGUAUAGCGAUGAGCCCAGAACUGCCUUCUCUUUGAAUAGCUACUCCACAAAAGCUGAUGUUCUGGAUGCAGUGAAGUCUCUUUGGGGCAUUGGUGGUGAGGAGACCAACGUGGGGGCUGCCCUGGACUUUGUGGUGGAGAACCACUUCACCCAGGCAGGAGGCAGCAGAGUGGAGGAAGGGGUCCCACAGGUGUUAGUGCUCAUCAGUGGCUCCCAGUCUAGUGAUGACAUUAGAGAUGGAGUGGUAGCCUUGAAGCAAGCUAGUAUAUUUUCAUUUGGCCUUGGGGCCCAGGGUGCCGACAUGGCAGAACUCCAGAACAUUGCUACCGAUGAAAAUUUCGUGUUUACCACCCCGGAAUUUCGUAGCCUUGGCGACUUACAAGAAUACUUACUGCCUUACAUUGUUGGAGUGGCCCAAAGAACAAUUGUGUUGCAGCCCCCAACCAUUGUCACCCAAGUCAUUGAAGUCAACAAGAGAGAUAUAGUCUUCCUGGUAGAUGGCACAUCUACACGGGGACCAGCCAACUUCAAUGCCAUCCGUGACUUCAUUCACAAAGUCAUCCAGAAGCUGGAAAUUGGACAGGAUCUGAUUCAGGUGGCCGUGGCCCAAUACUCACACACUGUUAAGCCGGAGUUUUAUUUUAAAGACUUCCACACCAGAAAGGAUGUCCUCAGUGCUGUUCGGAGGCUUAGGCCCCUUAAUGGCACAGUGCUCUAUACGGGUGCUGCACUGGACCACAUUAGGAACAACUUCUUCAAUAGUUCUGUUGGUUAUCGUGCCGCAGAAGGAGUUCCCAAACUCCUGGUGUUGAUCACGGGAGGUAAGUCCCUCGAUGACAUCAGCCUGCCGGCUCAGGAGCUGAAGAGAAGUGGCAUCAUGGCUUUUUCUAUUGGGAGCCCAAUGGCAGACAGAACAGAGCUGGAAGAGGUUGCCUUUGACUCCUCCUUGGUGUUCGUCCCUCCAGAAUUCCGACCUGGGCCUCUGCAAGCCAUUCUACCUGGUUUGCUGGCGCCAUUAAGAACUCUUUCUGGAACCACCCAAGUUCCUGUAAACAAAAGGGAUAUCAUCUUUCUUUUGGAUGGAUCAUUCAACGUGGGAAACGCCAACUUCCCUUAUGUGCGCGACUUUGUAAUGAACUUAGUGAACAGCCUCGAUGUGGGCUAUGACAAUAUCCGGGUCGGUUUAGUUCAAUUUAGCGACACUCCCGAAACUGAAUUCUCCCUAGACACAUACCGGUCCAAGGCAGAUUUGCUUGCUCGCCUGCGGCAGCUGCAGCUCAAAGGGGGGUCCACUCUGAACAUUGGCUCAGCGCUUGACUUUGUGCGCUCCAAACAUUUCACGGAAGCUGGCGGGAGCCGGAUCCAUGAGAACGUCCCUCAGCUCCUCCUCCUACUCGCUGCUGGGCAGUCGGGGGAUUCUUACUUGCAAGCUUCCAAUGCUUUAGCCCGAGCUGGAGUCCUGACCUUUUGUGUGGGUGCUAGCCAGGCUAACAAGGCAGAGCUCGAGCAGAUUGCAUUUAAUCCCAGCCUGGUCUAUCUUAUGGAUGAUUUCAAUUCCCUACCAGCCUUGCCACAGCAAUUGAUUCAGCCCCUAACCACGUAUGUUAGUGGUGGUGUGGAAGAAGUUCCACUUGCCCCUACAGAAAACAAGCGGGACAUUCUGUUUCUCUUCGAUGGCUCAGCCAACCUGGUCGGUCAGUUUCCUGCAGUCCGGGACUUCCUCUACAAGAUCAUCGAUGAGCUGGAUGUGAAACCUGAUGGCACUCGGGUAGCAGUGGCCCAGUACAGUGACAAUGUCAAAAUUGAGUCUCGUUUUUCUGAACACCAGAAUAAGGGAGAGAUCUUGAAUGUUGUAAAGCGGAUGAAGAUUAAGACAGGCAAACCCCUCAACAUGGGCUAUGCCCUGGAUUUGGCACAGAGAGACAUUUUCGUGAAGUCAUCUGGAAGUAGAAUUGAGGAAGGGGUCCCUCAGUUCCUUGUUCUUCUGGCUGCUGGAAGGUCAACUGAUCGUGUGGAUGUGCCAGCCCAGAACCUGAGACAAGUUGGCAUUAUUCCAUUCAUUUUCCAAGCCAAGAAUGCAGAUGCUGCUGAAUUAGAAAGGAUUGUACCCUCCCCUGCAUUUAUCUUAACUGUUGAGUCUCUGCCCAAGAUUGGAGAGCUUCAGCCACAGAUUGUGAAUCUCUUAAAAACUGUGCAAAAUGGUGGACCACCACAAGGUCCAGGUGAGAAGAAGGACGUUGUGUUUCUGAUCGAUGGCUCUGAGGGGGUCAGAAGUGGCUUCUCUUUAUUGAAAGAAUUUGUUCAGAGAGUGGUGGAGAGCCUGGACGUGGGUCCUGACCGGGUCAGGGUGGCUGUGGUGCAGUACAGUGAGCGAGCCCGGCCUGAAUUCUACCUGAACUCAUACUCGGACCAGCAGGCUGUGGUCAAUGCCAUCCGCCGGCUUACCUUGCUCGGUGGCUCGUCCCUCAAUACAGGCUCGGCCCUGGAUUUUGUUAUGAGAAACAUGCUUGUGGAAUCAGCAGGGAGCCGCAUCACCGAAGGCAUCCCCCAGUUCUUGAUUGUUCUCAGCGCCAGCAGGUCCCGGGACGACAUCCGAGGACCCUCCGUGGUUCUGAAGAGGAGUGGUGCGGUCCCCUUUGGUAUCCGGAUUGGCCACGAUGAUGACACAGAAAUGCGCACCAUCUCCUACAUCCCCGACUUUGCCGUGGUCAUCCCCACCUUCCAACACCUCGGUUCUGUACAGCAGGUCAUCUCAGAAAAAGUGACUCUGCUCACCCGGGAAGAGCUGGACAAGAUAACGCCGGUGCUGACUUUGCCACCAACAGGGGUCAGCAGCAAGAGGGAUGUGGUCUUUCUCAUCGAUGGCUCCCAAAACACGGUGCAGGAGUUCUCUUAUAUUCGUGGCUUGAUCGAGAGGCUCGUGGAAGACUUGGACGUUGGCUUUGACACCACCCGAGUGGCCGUGAUUCAGUUCAGCGAAGACCCCAGGGUUGAGUUUCUGCUCAACGCCUACACCAGCAAGGAUGAAGUCCAGAAUGCAGUGCGGAGGCUGCGUCCCAAAGGCGGCCGGCAGAUCAACGUGGGUAGCGCCCUGGACUACGUGUCCAAAAACAUCUUCCGGAGGCCCCUGGGGAGCCGCAUCGAAGAGGGAGUGCCUCAGUUUCUGGUGCUGGUCUCUUCUGGGAGGUCCAAUGAUGAGGUGGAGGAUUCCGCCGUGCAGAUUAAACAGGCGGGGGUGGCCCCCUUCACAGUGGCCCGGAAUGCCGAUCCCGAGGAGCUGGUCAAGAUUUCUCUGAGUCCCGAGUAUGUGUUUUCAGUGAGCACCUUUAGGGAGUUGCCAAGCCUGGAACAGAAGCUGCUGACCCCGAUUACCACGCUGACCUCAGAGCAGAUACAGAGCCUCCUGACGCGCACUCAGUACCCGCCCUCAGUUGUAGAAAAUGAUGCUGCCGACAUCAUCUUCCUCAUCGACUCCUCCGACGGCGUCAGGCCGGAGGGACUUGCCCACAUUCGAGAUUUCAUCGGCAGCAUUGUUCGGAAGCUGAACAUCGGCCCCAACAGAGUCAGGAUUGGUGUGCUGCAGUUCAGCAAUGAUGUCUUCCCGGAGUUCUACCUGAAGACCUACAAAUCUCAAGCUGCCGUUCUCGAUGCCAUCCGACGCCUGAGGUUCCGUGGGGGCUCCCCACUGAACACUGGCAAGGCUUUGGAUUUUGUGGCCAAGAACUUUUUCGUGAAGUCAGCAGGAAGCAGAAUAGAAGACGGGGUGCCGCAACACCUCGUCUUGUUCCUUGGAGGGAAGUCCCAGGAUGAUGUGUCCAGGUCUUCCAGAGUGAUAGGCUCAGCGGGCAUUGUCAGUGUAGGGGUGGGGGCCCGAAAUGUUGACAGAGCUGAGCUGCAGACAAUUACCAAUAAUGACAGGCUUAUCUUCACUGUCAGAGACUUUAGGGAUCUUCGCAAUGUUGAAAACCAAGUAAUAAAUUCAUUUGGACCUUCAGGAGUGACUCCGACACCUCCAGGUCCAUUUCCUCCUUCGACUCCAGUGGCAAAGAAAGCUGACAUUGUCUUCCUGUUGGAUGGCUCCAUCAACUUCAGAAGAGACGACUUCCAAGAAGUUCUCCGUUUUGCCUCAGGGAUAGUGGAUACCAUUUAUGAAGGUGGAGAUUCCAUUCAGGUGGGCUUGGUCCAAUACAACUCAGACCCCACUGAUGAAUUCUUCCUCAAGGACUUCUCCACCAAAGAAGAGAUCAUCGAUGCUAUUAACAAAGUUGUCUACAAAGGUGGGAGGGAAGCCAAUACCUUUGUGGGCCUUGACCACCUCAGGAAGAAUCACUUUGUGCCUGAGGCUGGCAGUAGGAUUGACCAGCGAAUUCCCCAGAUUGCCUUUGUGAUCACUGGAGGUAGCUCGGUGGAGGAUACUGAGGAAGCCACCCGGGCACUGUCCCAGCAAGGCGUCAAGGUGUUUGCUGUUGGAGUGAAGAGCAUUGAUAUAGGGGAAGUGUCAAAGAUUGCUUCCAACAGUGCCAUAGCUUUCAGAGUGAGCAAUGUCCAGGAGCUGUCCGAAUUGAGCGAGCAAGUGCUGGAAACUCUGCAUGAUGCUAUGCAUGAGACUCUAUGUCCUGGCAUGACAGACGUCUCCAGAGCAUGCCACCUGGAUGUGAUUCUUGGCUUCGAUGGCUCCCGAGAUCAGAAUGUGUUUGUGUCCCAGAGGGGCUUGGAAUCCAAGGUGGACGCCGUCCUGAACCGCAUCACCCAGCUCCAGCGGAUCAGCUGCACUGGCAGCCAGGAGCCCACUGUGCGGGUGGCAGCUGUGGCCUACACCCCAUCUGGGCCGGUGGAAGGCUUUGACUUCUCUGAAUACCAGCCUGACCUGUUUGAGAAGUUCCAGACCAUGCGCAACCAGCACCCUUACCUUCUGACGGCUGACACACUGAAGGUGUAUCAGAACAAAUUCAGGAGCUCUCCAGCGGGCAGUGUGAAGGUGGUUAUUCAUUUUACUGAUGGUGUAGAUGGCAGCCUGGCCGAAUUACAACAAGCAUCCGCUGAAUUGCAAGAGGAAGGUGUGAAGGCCCUGAUCUUUGUUGGCCUUGAACGGGUUGCCAACUAUGACAAUGUGAUGCAACUGGAAUUUGGUCGAGGCUUCACCUACAAUCGGCCUUUGACAGUGAACUUGAUGGACCUGGACUAUGAGCUGGCAGAACAGCUUGAUAGCAUUGCUGAGAGGGCAUGCUGUGGUGUUCCCUGCAAAUGUUCCGGACAAAGAGGAGACCGAGGACCUCUGGGCAGUGUUGGGCCAAAGGGUAUGCCUGGAGAGGACGGCUAUCGAGGCUACCCUGGGGACGAAGGCGGACCAGGUGAACGUGGGCCCCCUGGUGUGAAUGGUACUCAAGGUUUCCAAGGAUGCCCAGGCCAGAGGGGAACAAAGGGUUCCCGUGGAUUCCCAGGAGAAAAGGGUGAAUUGGGAGAGAUAGGUCUGGAUGGACUAAAUGGAGAAGAAGGAGACAAAGGAUUGCCAGGUUCUUCUGGAGAAAGGGGCAGUGCUGGAAGACGGGGAGACAGAGGUGUGAAAGGAGAGAAAGGAGAGAGAGGAGACAUGGGAAUUCGUGGCGAUCCGGGUGAAAUAGGACUGGACAGUCAACAGCAAGGACCCAAAGGAGAAAAGGGUGAAAUCGGCCCAAUGGGAGUGCCUGGACUUGAUGGGAUACCAGGUGGUCCUGGAGUGAUUGGGAAGGAUGGUGGCCCUGGCCGUAGAGGCCCCCCAGGAGUAAAGGGUAACAAAGGCGGCCCAGGUCAGCCAGGAAUUUCGGGAGAGCCAGGAGCGAGAGGGCCACAGGGUCCACCCGGCCCAACGGGGCCCCCAGGCUUAAUAGGUGAACAAGGCAUUCCUGGACCGAGGGGAGGUGGCGGAACCCCAGGAGUUCCUGGAGAUCGUGGCCGACCAGGUCCCCUGGGAGCCAAGGGUGAGCCUGGAGAGCUUGGUCCAAAGGGAGGUAAUGGGCUACGUGGACCUCGGGGAGAGAUGGGAGAUGAUGGACGAGAUGGCAUCGGCCUUGAAGGACAGAAAGGCAAAAAAGGAGAACGAGGAUUCCCUGGAUAUCCAGGACCAAAGGGAGCGCCUGGUGAUCGAGGUGUGGACGGAGGACCAGGGCCUAAGGGAAGCAGAGGCCGCCGGGGAAAUUCAGGACCCCCUGGAGCCCUUGGACAGAAGGGAGACCCAGGAUACCCGGGACCAUCUGGCCAUAAAGGCAACAGAGGAGAGUCAGUUGAUCAAUGCGCCCUGAUUCAGAGCAUCAAAGACAAAUGCCCUUGCUGUUAUGGGCCCCUGGAAUGCCCAGUUUUCCCAACAGAACUUGCCUUUGCUUUAGACACCUCACAAGGGGUCAGUCAAGAUAUGUUCAGCAGGAUGAGGGACACCCUCCUGAAGAUUGUGGGUGACAUGACCAUAGCAGAGAGCAAUUGUCCCCGAGGCGCCCGGGUGGCUGUGGUGACCUACAACAAUGAAGUGACCACGGAGAUCCGUUUCCCCGACUCCAAGAGGAAGUCCAUUCUGCUGGACCGCAUCAGGAACCUCCAGGUGCCCUUGACGUCCAAGGAACGCAGCUUGGAGACCGCCAUGUCCUUUGUGGCCAGGAACACAUUCAAGAGGGCUCGUAGCGGCUUCCUCAUGAGGAAGGUGGCUGUCUUCUUCAGCAACGGCCUCGUCCGAGCCUCCCCUCAGCUCAAUGAGGCUGUGCUCAAGCUGUCCGAUGCAGGCAUCACGCCCCUGUUCCUGACCAACAGAGAGGAUCGGGCCCUCAUCAAUGCCCUGCAGAUCAACAACACAGCUGUGGGCCACGCUCUGGUUCUCCCCCCUGCAAGGAACCUCAACGAGUUCUUGAAGAAGGUGUUUCUUUGCCACGUCUGCUUGGAUAUAUGUAAUCCUGACCCAUCGUGUGGAUUUGACAGCGUUAGGCCUGCCUUUAGGGACAGGCGAGCAGCAGGUAGUGAUGUGGACAUUGACAUGGCCUUCAUCUUGGACAGCUCUGAGACCACUACCCCAUUUGCAUUCAAUGAGAUGAAGAAGUACAUCACCUACAUGGUCAAGCAGUUGGAUAUCAGCCCUGAUCCCAAGAUGUCCCAGCAUCUCACCAGGGUAGCAGUGGUCCAGCAUGCACCCUGGGAACAUGAGAUGAACACCAGCGUACCCCCUGUCCACGUGGAACUCUCAUUAACUGAUUAUGGUUCCAAGGACAAGCUGAUAGACUUCCUCAGCAACCAGAUGACCCUUCUGCCUGGGACCAGGGCCUUGGGAAAUGCCAUUGAGUACACCAUAGAAAGUAUCUUUGAAAGUGCACCCAACCCCCGGGACCUGAAGAUUGUGGUGCUGAUGGUCACAGGAGAAGUAAGGAAGUCAGAGCUCGACGACCUUCAGAGGAUCAUUGUCCAGGCCAAGUGCAAAGGGUACUUCUUUGUUGUCCUGGGCAUUGGCCGAAAGGUCAAUGUCAAGGAUGUCUAUGGCUUCGCCAGCGAGCCCAACGAUGUCUUCUUCAAAUUGGCCGACAAGCCCACAGAGCUGAAUGAAGAGCCAUUACUACGCUUUGCAAGGCUGUUGCCCUCCUUUGUCAACAGUGAAAAUGCAUUUUACCUGUCUCCAGACAUCAGGAAGCAAUGUGACUGGUUUCAGGGGGACCAGCCAGCCAAGAAUUCUAUCAAGUUUGGCCAAAGGCAGAUACACGUUCCUAACAAUGCAACUUCCGUUUCUACACUCAAGUCUGUGACAACUACCAAACUCAUGACUUCAGCAGCUCUGCCUUCUGAAAAGCAGGCUCCUGUAAAAGUGGCCCCUGCAAGCCCAGCAGCCGCUAACGUGCCCUCUGUAAAGCAGGCCCCUGUCAAUCCAGCCCCUGUAAAGCAGGUCCCUGCAAACCCAGCACCUGCUCAUGUUCCCUCUGCAAAGCAGGUCCCUGCAAACCCAGCACCUCCUCAUGUUCCCUCUGCAAAGCAGGUCCCUGCAAAUCCAGCACCUGUUCAUGUUCCCUCUGCAAAGCAGGUCCCUGCAAACCCAGCAGCUGCUUAUGUUCCCUCUGUAAAACAGGCUCCUGUCAAUCCAGCCCCUGCAAACCCAGCUGCCACUAAUCCGGCCUCUGUAAAGCAGGUACCUGCAAACCCAGCAGCUGCUCAUGUUCCCUCUGUGAAGCAGGUCCCUGCAAACCCAGCAGCUGCUCAUGAUCCCUCUGUAAAACAGGCUCCUGUCAAUCCAGCCCCUGCAAACCCAGCUGCCACUAAUCCAGCCUCUGUAAAGCAGGUCCCUGCAAACCCAGCAGCUGCUCAUGUUCCCUCUGUGAAGCAGGUUCCUGCAAACCCAGCUGCCGCUAACCUGCCCUCUGUAAAGCAGGCUCCUGUCAAUCCAGCCCCUGUAAAGCAGACCCCUGUGAAUCCUGUGGCUGUCAAUCCAGCCCCUGUAAAGCAGACCCCUGUGAAUCCUGUGGCUGCCAACCCAGCCCCUGUAAAGCAGGCCCCUGCAAAUCCAGCUGCAGUCGCUAGACCAGUUGCCUCAAAGCCAGCUGCUCCAAAGCCAGUAGUUGCUAAGUCAAUGGCUACAAAACCUGUGACUACAAAACCACUCGCCACGAAACCCCAGACCACGAAGCCACUGUCACCGAAGCCAGCAGUUAAGACAUCCAGAGAAGUCCAGGUCUCUGAGGUCACUGAGAACAGUGCCAGGCUUCGCUGGGUGAAUCCUGACCAACCCAAUCCUUACAUUUAUGACCUCACCAUCACCUCCAUGCACGACCGCUCUGUUGUCCUGAAACAGAACCUCACUGUGGCAGAACGGGUUGUUGGAGGUCUGGUUGCUGGGCAGACGUACCACGUGACAAUUGUCAGCUACCUAAAAUCCCAGGUCAAAGCGACCUAUGAGGGAACAUUCACCACAAAGAAAAUCCAGUCUGCACCACCUCAGCCGCCAAAGACGGCUUCAAGUGCCACACUAAACCUCAUGGUGAAUUCUGAGCCGUGGAAAGGGAUGGAAGCAGAUGUCUGCAAGCGGCCCAAGGAAAUCGGGACCUGCCGGAAGUUUAACCUGAAGUGGUUCUACGACCCUGAGACCAAGAGCUGCGGCCGGUUCUGGUACAGUGGCUGUGGUAGCAACGGCAACAACUUUGAGACGCAGUCUGACUGUGAAAAGGCCUGUUUGCCUGCACACAUCAAUCCUGGAGUCAUUUCAACAAUAGGAACCUAACCGUGGCAGACCGUUGACACAUACCUCUUCCAGAAGCACAGGACUCAACUAUUCCCAAGCAGCCCUUGUAGAAGCCGUGGGUAGACAAGACCAUGCACUGUGCUAUUUUGUGCUUUACCUUAUGAGCAAACCUUGAAGGAAAUGUUUUUUUGUUUUUUUAAUUUUUUUUUUUUGCUGCAUGACCUAUCAAUAUGGUGCUAAAUGUGUCUGUGGACUGAGUGCUCUUGUCUUCAGGUGGUCAUAGCCUAUCCCUUCCGCAUUACGAAGUACAGCCCCGCCCCACCCCCCAGCAGUGUUGCCCGAUUCUCAUUCCCAAUGGAGGUUGGGAUUCCACUCGUGUGGGGCCUUUGGAAAUCUCCAGCAGGAAGCCCCUUGACUCCCUGCAGCUGUAUUAGCCAGACCUGCUUAGCUCAUCAUUCCCAACCCGGCAGAACUUGAGAUGGGAAGCCUCCGUGGGAGGAGUUGCUUCUCCCCAUGGGGAUCAGCAUGGUGUAGUUUUGCUGGGUUAGAUUUCCAUCUGAUUCCUCUUUGUCGAUGUUCUGCACAGAAGUAACGUAACUAGAAACAAGGAAAAUGUCUUCGCACAGAUGCACUGCUGGGACCCGCGCCUCAGUUAAAGAUUUUAAAGUCCUGGUGUAGAAUGUUCUUGGCAUUCCUCUGAUGUUGUAUGUUUUAUAGAAUAAAAAAAUGGGGAGGGAGGGAUUUAACUUUUAUUUUGUUUUUGGGAAAUCUACACAAAGAAACUUUUUAAAUAAAGUUUAAUGGAGGUUUUGUG